AUGGCGUCUCCGAAAGCUCUCGACAGUCCGGAUUCCUACACCGUCAGCUGGAUCGCAGCUCUUGCCAUCGAGCGGGCAGCUGCAGUUGCCAUGCUUGAUGAGGAACACGCAGAACCAAAAGGGUUUACAAGGCACCAAACCGACUCGAACGUGUACACUUGGGGUCAGAUGGGAGAGCAUAACAUUGUCAUUGCCUCCCUUGCCGCUGGGGUUUAUGGAACUACCUCGGCGGCCACUACCGCCUCGAAUCUCCUUGCUUCGUUGCCCGCCAUUCGCAUCGGCCUUUUGGUCGGCAUUGGAGGCGGCAUCGCUCUACCGGACGAAGAUCAGGAUAUCCGUCUUGGCGACGUUGUUGUCAGCCAGCCCGAUGGGACCACUGGAGGUGUUUGCCAAUACGACUUGAUCAAGGCGAAGUCCGGUGACAAGCGUGAGCGCAAAAGUUUUCUGGGAAGGCCCCCGACAGUUCUUCUUAAUGCCCUUACCAGCAUCCAGGCCUAUCACGAGCGGAGAGAUUCCAAAGUUCCUGGCUUCUUACAAGAGAUGGUGACAAACAACCCAAAAAUGGGCAGAAGAUCAAAAAAGAACCCUGGCUACCUCCAUCAGGGAUUUGACAAUGACCGCCUCUUCCAGGCAUCAUGCGAACACGUAUCUGGUUUAGACUGUAGCGGCUGUGACGCAGCUGAGGAAGUUCAGCGCGACCCUCGAGAAACUACCGACCCCGAGAUGCACUAUGGCAUCAUCGCGUCUGGCAACACGCUUGUCAAAGAUGCCGCUACUCGUGACCGAAUUGUAGCUGAUGUUGGAGAGGAUUGUAUCUGCUUUGAGAUGGAAGCCGCUGGCCUAAUGAACCACUUUCCCUGUCUCGUUAUAAGAGGAAUCUGCGAUUAUGCCGAUUCUCACAAGAACGAUCGAUGGCAACGCUACGCCUCGGCUACUGCCGCUGCGUAUGCUAAGGAAUUCCUCAGUCAUGUGCCAGCUGCGCAGAUUCAGGAGACAAAGCGGGCUCUUGAACUUAUUCAGUCUGGUUAG